AUGAGUGCUGAAACACGUCUUGCAAGAAGAAUCAACCGGAGAUAUACUUCCACCUCUUUCUGGGCAAUUUGCCAGGUUGCCGACAUCGCGAAGCUGGAAAAUCGAUCGCCCUUACAGAACCAACUCAGGACAUUGAACUAG